AUGGCGGAUCAAGAAGAGUCAAAGCGCAUAUCUUUGCAAGUGACAUCUUUAUCUACGCAAUUAAUCGAAAGCAUUGAUAAACAAUCCCAAUUAGAAGAACAGUUACUAGUGGCUAAGAAAACCAUUUCCACUCAGCAGAAUAUUGCGAACUCAUAUAAUGAAUUGAAGCAGGAACUACAAUCUUUGAAAUUACAAUACGAAACCGAUAAGACAAAAUUCAAGAAACAGGAAGAAAUUUGUGCUGAUGCCGAAAAGAAAGUGGCUACAUUGAACCAAGAAAUUGAAGACUUAACCGCUUCUUUAUUCGAUGAGGCUAAUAACAUGGUAGCAGAUGCAAGGAAAGAACAAAAUGCUGUAGAAAUAUUAAACUCGAAGCUCAAAGAGCAGUUGAAAGAAAAGGAUUUAUUACUUGAUACAUUGUCAAUGCAGUUAAAGAAUCUCAAAAACGUACUCUACAAGUUCGAAAAUGAUUUCAAUUCUUCGAAGAACGUUUCACUUUCAGAUUCUGCGACGUCCUCUACCACAUCAAUUGAUAGAUCAACCACCAACCUAACCUCAGUAAAUGAUAAUUCAUUGUCGUUUCAAGGCGUGUUAUUUUCCCCUCUUCUGCAUUCGUUAAGGUAUGACGUUCCUCUAUACACAGAAUAUUUGAAAUUUCUUGCUGUGCUACCACAAUGCGAAAACCUUCAACAAACCACUUCGGAAUCGAAACUAUUAAGGAGAUUAAUAAACUAUGAAAUAAGUCCCGUCUUGCGACUUGAUAAUGCCUCCGGAGUAGGAUGGCUUGUAAAAAGAAAUUUAAUGAAUUUAAUGAUGGAAGGACUGGUAUCAAUCGAGCCGAUUAGUGGAAUAAAUGAAACAUAUCGUACAGGAUAUAGUUCUCCAAGUAUUCCCGACUCUCCAGAGGUCGAAAACAAAGAUUCUCAUUUGUUUAGCCGUCCGGUGAAUUCUCCGCCUGUUGCUAUGGUAGAACCAUGUGCUUUCUGUGGUGAAAAUAGAAACGACAUCCUUGAACAUGGAAGACUUUAUAUCUUCAAAACAUAUCAAAAGCUCGAAAAUGGUAAAAAUGAGUUAACAAAUCAAUUUCCCGUGUGCCAUUACUGCUUGUUGAAAUUAAGACAAGUUUGUGAAAUUUUCGCAUUUUUGAGAUCAUUGAGAUCUGGUGCUUGGCAUCUAGAAAAAGUAGCUUUGGCAUCAAUACAUCAAGGCAAGGUCAAUGCUUACUCCGAGGUAACUAAAGCAUCAAGGCCGAAAAUGAAAUCCAAAAGAUUAAGUAUUUUCCAAGGAUUAAAGCAAUCGCAAUCUUCAACUCCUAUCAUAGAAAAUGGUCCACAAUUUGCCGACAAAAACGGACUACCAACAACCAAUAUCCAGAGGUCAUGGGCCCGUCUUUCACAACUACGAGCAUCUUUACAAUGGUCGCAUAUUGGCGUAUGGUCUCUCGACGAAUCGGUAGCUACAGAUAUUGCCCCAUCAACAGAUAUUUCCAAAGCUAAAAGUUUUGAAGAAGAACAAGGUCUAGGCAUUGCCUCAAACAAUAUCCCUGUCCCUAUAACACAUGAGGAGGAUGAAACUUUCGAUUUUGAAGCGGAUACCGCAAACUCUAUCAGUGUGGAUGAAACAGUCAAUGGUAUACGUCACACAGAUCAAUCAUCGGAUGAUAUUGGCGAUCAUAAUGAGAAAACUAAUGAGAAGACUGCCACGGAUUUACAAGGAAAGAAUGAAGAGAAAAAAAGCAAAAAAAUUGAACCACAGCAUUCAAGACAGCCCUCACAAUCAUCCACAGUAUUAAAUGAUAACAAAGAAAGUGCCGAAUCAGCUCAUGAUACCCAUGCAUCAUCUGAAGAGCCAAGUGAUUUAUUGGAAACUUAUCAAGAUCUGUCCGCUGAUCUUGAACCCGAAUCUGAAAAGCCUGAAAAUUUGGAUAAUUCUGAUGAAGAGGAUAGUUUUAACGAUGCAAAGGAUGUCGUCAACUAG